AUGGCUGCACAUUUGAUUACGGACAAACGCCUUUUAACUCACUAUUGCAAUAAGCUGGACACUAUCAUCUCAAGAUUCAAGGGCGAGGAACUUGAGACCCUUAACGUAGCCGCAGCGCAAGGAGAAUCAGCUUCUCACUACACAAGGGAAAGUCUCCAGCGACUAAGCGAAGCAAUAGGAGCUUUAGAUACAGUGACGCACAACAUCAAACAAACAAUGACGGAGUACGCUACGAAAUUCACGGAGCUGGACUACCCGACUGAAAAAGACAAACAAGACUUUGAGGAAUAUUCAGCAAAAGCGGAAAAAGCACUCAUUUCGGCCACGGAUUACUUACUGGUUCUGAAGGCAAGGGUUCACGCUUUCAUUGUGGUAAAAGCACAGCCAGAACACAACCAACACAGUGGAUCAGUCCAGGACGGUCGAAUAUUGCCAAAGCAAAGAAGACUCGGCUGUGCUAUCCUUAUUGCAGCGACGCACAUGGCAGCAAACAAGGCGCAUUGUAGCCUGGAUCCUCCGUUUCGUCAGGAAUGUCGCAGGCCAGGCAAGUGCCAACAACCAGUCACCCAUAUCACUAUCUAUGCUACUUUCCGCACCGAAUAA